CUUUAAAUUUGUAUGUAAAAAUGUUUCCAUUAGAAAAUGACGAACAAUUUUAUAACAUUCCAUGUGAAUUAUAUAAAAUCUACAACCGUUUUUUUUUUUCAUUUUAAAAUCAAUCGCCACAUAUAUUCUGUCAAUUACUUUUUAUUAUUUAAAAGUCAAAGUCGUAAUCUGUCACAUAUACGCACACAAAUACACAAAACAUAACCAAUACACACUUUGGUAGUGACAUUUUGCCAUUUACUAACAAGACAAGUUUUCAUUGUGCUUUUGUGAUAAAUUUUUACACCAUUAAAACGAAAAUUUGCCCUUUUUCAAUUCGGGGUGAUUUUCAAAAAUUAUAAAAGCACACUCGGAAAUUUGAGUGGAUUGAAUUUUUUUUUCGUAGCAGUUGAAGUGAAACAUCAACAAUGGGUGGACACGAUCACGGACACCAUAAUGCACCAUAUAUAGUCCCAAAACCAGAAAUCUACAACAAUCAAGUAGAAAAAAUAUCGGAACUGAGAAACUACCAAAAUGAAUUGGCCAAACGAGGUCUUAAAGAUCCAUGGAUAAGAAAUGAAGUAUGGCGAUACAACCAAAAAGUUUGGGGAAAUCCGAGACUGCGGAUGAUCAAAUUUAUAUUCACCGGUUUUCCCUUGGGUGCAGCCUGUGCUGCUGCCACAAUUGCUUACGAAGAAUAUUUUGAAGUUUACAAAGAUCAUCGUCAUGACGAACAUGCUCACCAUUAAACAAUAUUUUCCGUAAUCAAUUGUAGAUGAAGUCAGUUAAGAAAAUUUGAUGAAUAGAUCUUUUCAAAUAAAUCAUCAAAGUACCAAGUUAA